AUGAGCUCCUUCCGCUUCGCUCGCUCUGCCCUCCGGGCUCGCCCUUCUUUCCUCGGUGCUCCCGUCCAGCGCCGUGGUUACGCUGAGGCUGUCGCCGACAAGAUCAAGCUGUCCCUGACUCUGCCUCACCAGACCAUCUACCGCUCGACUGGCGUUACCCAGGUCAACAUUCCCGCCGCCUCCGGUGAGAUGGGUGUUCUCGCCAACCACGUUCCCUCCAUCGAGCAGCUCAACCCCGGUCUCGUCGAGAUCCUUGAGGAGAGCGGUGCCACCAAGCAGUACUUCCUGUCCGGCGGCUUCGCCGUUGUCCAGCCCGACUCCCAGCUCAGCAUCAACGCUGUCGAGGGUUUCGCCCUUGAGGACUUCAGCGCCGAUUCCAUCCGCGCCCAGAUCGCUGAGGCCCAGAAGAUUUCCAGCGGCAGUGGCAGCGAGCAGGAUAUCGCUGAGGCCAAGAUUGAGCUUGAGGUUCUCGAGACCCUCCAGGCUCACGUCAAAUAG